AAGUUUUGGUGGAAGCGCAGCCGCGGAUAAUUAACGAGGGCGAUUGCACGUAACGGUAUAAUUAAAGGGAAGAAGGAAUCAAAGAGCGCGCCGAGAUGAGUAAAUCGUAUCUCUUCAUCGUGGCUGACUCUAACGAGCAAGGGAGUAUAAAUGCUGGAUAUUUAUCGUCGGCGUGUAAAAUGCCGAUUACAAAGGCCCUAUACGCCGCGCAUUUAGCGCUAACCGUUCCCGCUCCCUUGAUCUCUAUCGUGCAUAAACAUGUCGAACGCGUUCGUCGGACGAUAGAAGGAGAUGGCUGCAUUUAGCGUUCGACGUGAGAGAAAAGAAGAAAGAUGGAGAUAACCAUGUUAAGGGAAACUACGAUUUUGAGGUAUCGCUUCUCGAGUGGUAGUCUUGUUACACGAGCGGCAUACUCGAAGGAUACGAAGGAUUAAUUGGUGGGUCCAAUCGCGCUGCUACCCUUCGCUCUGCCUCCCCCUUUUUCUUCCUCGCAGCAAUCCUUUCGAAGGGGUUGCACGCCACGCCGGAUACCGCGGGCACGGCUAGUGGCAGGAAAAGAAAAAAGAAGCGCAGAGGAAAGAAUGAAAGAAAGGAGUUGCUAAUUGACACGGACGAUUGCACGUAACGGUAUAAUUAGAGAAAAGAAUACGAAGAGCCCGGGCCGAUGCACCGAUGAAACCAAUGAACCAGCCACCGCGCGACUAGAAGGAAAGGAGUGAGGAAAAGAGAGAGAAGAAAAAAGCGCGAGUGAAGCAACGGAAGAGAGACGAACGGAAAGGCAGAAAAGCAGCAGGGGAGAGAAGCAGCCGGCGGCUUUCGUGCGACCAUCGAGGGGUUCCCUCCAGAGAAAGAGCCGCAGAUAAGAGAGAGUGAGAGAAUGAAAACGAGAGAAAGAGAGAGAGAGGGGGAGAAGGAGGUACAGGUUGGAGAGACAGAGAAGGAGAGUAGGGGUACGUAAACAGCAGAGUGAGCAGGAGAGACAGAGAGAAAGAAUGAUAGAACGAGGGGAGAGGGAGAGUGAAAAGAGAGGGACCAUGGGCUCGUGGACCCUGCCGCGUUCAUUCUGUACCAACACGCCGCGCUGAUCGGUUUCACAGCGUUCCUGGUAACCCCCCACAAUACCACGAGGAACACUCGUUCUCCAACAAGAUCGCUUCUGGAGAAAAGAACCUGCCAAUCAAAGUGUCAUUAGGUUCUAAUCUUAUCGGCGACAUCUCCUCCACUUCCUCUCCCCGCUGUGAGAUACCAGCCGUGCGAUUCGCGACGACAGGAUGCUGCAGGACGAAACUUGGGAAGUGCCCCGGUGAAAGGUGCAGCGAGAGUUUUGUCGUUUUUUUUUUCUUCGAGAGCUUGAUCUCAUCGGGACCAGGCUUCUUCAUCUGAAUGCCUAGCGAAGAAUCACAACUCUGCAAUCCCCGAUCGGCGGUAUUUGACUAACAAUAAGAAGCAUCAUCGGUUCUCUCCGAAGAAAAUCGCGAGAUCAUUCGGAAAAAGUGAUAAGCCAGUCUUAUAAUCUGGCGAUUCGCGGGUAGAUUUAACACGAGAAGAGUUUUAUCUUUCUGUCAAAGACGAUCAUUAUCAAUUUUGAGGCUGUUUGAGGCUUAAAAGAAACUUGUUAUUAUGGAAAACCCAUCGUUCAUAUGUUGAUAAAUUUUGACGCGAAAACGAGUGCUCGAGGGACCAACGAAUGAUGUAUGUCGGUGGCUCGCUUUUAUCUCGGACGUUUGAUCGGGAGACAGGUUUCCAAACGGAACAAGAACAAUCUUACAGGCAUAGUUGCGACGAGUGAAAUAUAAAUCCAACGUCGACGAAGCAACGAUUAAUAACGCAACUUAUUGAAGAUCGGACGCGAAGAUUGAUCUUGGUGAUUGGACGGAUUAUACGAAUGCGCCGAUCCUUCCAGAUCGCGAAUUAACGACGGCAUUUCGCCAAUCGGCGAAGGUUCUUUCACGAGGCUCCAACAGCGGCGGAAAUUAUUCCGUCAAGAUCGCAAUCGCGCGAGCGCAAGCAGCUCACCCAGGCGAUCAGGUUUCGCCCCGUGAAAGAAAUCUCGCUCCGCGUUCUCCGCCGGAGAAAUAUCUCAUCGAGUAUCCGAGUACUUCGACCGAGAGUACUCGCUCGAGUUGGAUCCGAGAGAGAUAGGGCGGACUAAUUAUGCGAGUCGGUGAGUCUUAUGGGCCGCAAAAUGAGACGUGAAACGGCGCGUCGUGUCACGCGAACAAGAGGAAGAAGAGGAACGUUUUCGUCCACGGGAGCUCUACUCGCGGAAAGGACAAGGACUCGUCGUGGGAAUUUUCGAUAGAGAAAAAAAAAAAAUAGAAUAAAAUCGAUUCUUACAUUUGGUAUCGUCGAGCGGGAAGAUACGAUACGAUAAGCCGAGCACACCGCGGGAUUGUCCCGCCGAGCCGAACCGAACCGAGACGCAAUUAUCUUCGAUACUUAACGACCACGGCUCGUUCCGUUCCGCUACGUCACUGUUCCUGUGUGGGUAGCAGAGCCAGCAUCGCCACGGGCUGACCUCGGAACGGAAAGACACCCGAGUCCAGGACGAUUAUGGGUGAAAAAAUGACGAUACGCAGCAAUGGUCUACUCGUGAUACUGCGAUCGCUGAUGAUAGCCGCCGCAACCGCCGCUUCAACGGUACCGGGGACCUGGAUUAACCUGGGUCUACGACAUUUCCCGCAAUUGGAAGCGGCGCAGUCGAUGGAGGCGUUCGACGCGAGUGCCUCCGAGAUUUGUACCAGCUUGAGAGGAUUGUCUCAGGGCCAAGGAAAACUCUGCCAACUGUCCGUGGAUCACAUGUCCAGCGUGACCAAGGGUGCGAAAUAUGGCAUCGCGGAGUGUCAGCAUCAGUUCAGAGACAGAAGGUGGAAUUGCUCCACCGUUCAUGAUGAAACUGUGUUCGGUCCGAUGCUCAGAAUAGCGAGCAGGGAAACUGCAUUUGUUCACGCCAUCACCGCCGCCGGGGUAGUUUAUUCCAUCAGUCGUUCUUGUCGAGAUGGUCAACUCUCAUCAUGUGGCUGCUCCAGGAGUAGCAGACCCAGGGAUUUGAACCGCGAUUGGAUCUGGGGCGGAUGUGGGGAUAAUCUCGAGUAUGGCUACAAAUUCACGCAAGCAUUUGUUGACGUGCGUGAGCGCGAACGUACUUUCAAGAGAGGCAGCCGGGAGCAGGGCAGAAGCUUGAUGAAUCUACACAAUAAUGAGGCCGGACGCAGGGCCGUCAUUAAAAGGUCCAAGGUGACGUGUAAAUGUCACGGCGUUUCCGGAAGCUGCAGCCUGAUUACUUGCUGGCAGCAGCUCGCAUCGUUUCGCGAAAUUGGUGAUUUUCUGUUAGACAAGUAUGACGGUGCAACUGAAGUCAAAGUCAAUCGACGAGGUCGCUUAUCGAUGCGCGAUCCGAGAUUUUCCGUGCCUACCGCCAAUGACCUAGUCUAUCUGGAUGACUCGCCAAACUAUUGCCUUCCGAAUGAUACUUUAGGAUCGCUAGGUACACAGGGCAGGCUAUGUAACAGAACUUCCUCUGGCAUGGAUGGUUGUAAUCUUCUUUGUUGCGGCAGAGGAUACAAUACGCAAAAAUCGACCAUCAGGGAGAGAUGCGAGUGCAAAUUUCACUGGUGUUGCUUCGUCGAAUGCAAGACUUGCGUGAAAAAUAUCGAUAUUCACACUUGCAAGUAGAGCGCUAUUAUUUAUUCUUUUUUUUAUGCCCCCUUUUUGACUUAUCUUCGCAUUAUCGAAGAUAUAUAUACAUGUAAUUAAUAGUGUCAUAUUCUGAUAACAGUGGCAUUAUUGUUUCACAGACAAUGAGAAAGAGAAUUAUUGUAUGAUAUAUUAUACUUUCUUUAAAACUACUUUCUCUCUACUAAUAUAUACAUAAGUGCGCGC